UGACCACAACGAAGCCGCAGGCCCGCGGUGCAACGACAUUGGAUGUGCACUUCCCUUCUCGUGAUCACUAGCGGCCCGGCUGAGGUAGUAAGGCUUCGCUACAUAUAUAUUGGCUGACAACCGGCGUCUCAUCGCACUGUUCAAUCCGCUUCGUGUCUGCUGCCACUAUCCGAUGUUUUCUCGGUCGAAGGCUGUCGUAGUGCUGUUUCUGUACUUCCGUUUCGUCUCCUCUCUUUCUCCAACGUAUCUCGACUGUCAGAAGCAGAAGCCAGCGGGAACGUCGCAGCUCACGGGUUGCCCUCCCGGCACGGUCUUCGUGUCGCAGAACACGUCUGACGAGGAUGCAUCGUUUACGAGCGUUCAGGACGCAGUGUUAUAUUUCACGAACAACGGCGGCUCCGGCAUCAUCCUAAUCGCAGAGGGCGAAUAUAACGAGGUCGUAAAUUAUACUGGUACCGCGCCCCUGACCAUGCUCGGCCAACUUCCCUCCUCCGUCACUUUCGCCUCAGGUCCCUUCGCCAACGCAUCCGCUUCGCCUCUCAACCUCGUCCGCAUCUGGAGCUCUGCCUACGUCUCCAAUACCUCCAUGGACGACGCCGACACCGCCGUCCUCACCGUCGCGCCUUCCCGCGCCGGCGCGCUCAUCGGGUCGGGUCCUACCGGCGCACCUCUGCAGCCUCAAUCGGGGAGCGCCGACUUUCGGGCAUACAACAUCGAUUGGGAGAACCGGGCGGCGGACUAUGCGAUCUCGCAAGCUCUGGUGACGGAUAUCUCGUAUGCGAACGCGUCAUUCUAUGGGUGCAGCUUCAGGAGCUAUCAGGAUACGUGGUAUACGGGGCGCAAUGCGAGCACAUAUGUGGUGGAUAGUGUGAUUUACGGACAGACGGAUUAUCUCUUCGGUUUCGGCACGGCGUGGUUCCAAAAUGUCAUACUGGCCAACCGAGGGUGCGGUGGUGGCAUCGUCGCGUGGAAGGGGACGAAUCAAACGGACGCGCCGAACAAUCGCUAUGGCGCCUAUGUGGCAAACUCGAGUAUCUUUCGGUCCCCGGACGCAAACGACACCACGGAUACAGAUAGCUUGUGCUACUUAGGCCGACCGUGGAACGAUCUCGCUACCACGGUCUUCCUCAACACCUACAUGGACGAGAGUAUCAAUCCCGAAGGUUGGAAGCCCUUCGGUGGCGAUAGACCGACCAUCGCGAACACGACGUAUUAUGCGGAGUAUAACUCAACGGGUCCCGGAGGCGACACGUCGAACCGGGUCGCCGCCGCGCAUGUCCUCGACGCGGAAGACGUGGCGGAGAUGGACUUUACGAUCGAAGGCGUCUUCGGCGGGGUUCCUGAUUGGAUAGACUUCGAGUACACGUUCUGAACACGCUGAACGCGCUGCCAAAUGGUCAUUUGCGAAUCUGUGCGGUCCAGGGAAGACCGGGAUUCCAUGCGAGC